GGGAAGCGCCGGCGAGUGGAUGAUUGUUUUUUUUAGGUGAAAAAGCGGCGCGGUUCUCAGGGGAGCUAUGGAGACUACUAUGGAACUACAACAAGGGGCCUAUGACUGGUUGAUUACUAUGGAGAAGGGAUGUCAGCAGCUGCACGCAGUGGUGGGGGUGUUACUGGGCCAGAUGCAGAAGGGGUCGAAGGUUGUUGUGGGGGAGAUGAAACUGGAUGAGUGGUUGGAAGCCCGAGGUCAAGAUAUGUUAGAAAUUAUGUGGGAACUGGAGGAGGGGCCGGAUCCUCGGUUUGAAGCAUAUCUUGAUUGGAGACGACUAGACGCAAAGAUGGGAGUCUGUCAGGCUUUAUUUCGGGAGGGGCGUGACCUGCGUUGGCGAAUGGAGGAGUGGUUGGAGGAGGACAACAUAGGGGCGGAUGGGGGGCUACCUCUUGUUCAUUCUCCUGCUGGGCGGGGAGAUGGUACAAUUGUUUCAGCUGAUCAACCAGGGAUAACUGAAGGGCCCGAUGCAAAGUGCAGUGCUUUGGUGAAGGGGACUACUGCGACAUCAUCGCCGAUACCGCCAAUAAGUGCAGCAACAGCUCAAGGAUUAACAACAAUCACGGCAGAAAUACCGUCACAAACAACAGAGGCAGUACUAAUGGAAGUGCUGGAGUUGGGAGUGGUGAAGAUGACAACAUCGACGGCGCCGAAGAUGACAACAUCGACAACGGCGAUGACAAUAACAACAGCAACAGUGACACCGACAACAACGCUAACGACUGAAAACUCCAUCAUCACCGGCGGGGGAAAAGGAGCGACAGAUACAACAACAACAAUAGCGUGGGAAGAAACAUGGGUUGCUAUAACAAAGGAUGCGACACGUGCAACACCAAUAUCGGUGCAGCGGGGGAGAAUGUGCGGUAUGCUUGGGAUGGUGAGGUGGGAGGAGGGAAUGAAGGUGUGCUUGACGGUUGUCCCCCCCCCCCCCUACCCGGUUUUUGUGCUUGGUUUGUCUUCGUUUGACCGGGCAGGAGUGGGAUAGGUGAUCUCCCUCGCGAAUGGCAUCAUGCACAUAGAUUACAGCAGGGGUUGGGUUUGGUGUUUUCUGUGAGCAACCCCCCUUUCCUCCCCCUUUUUUUUUACCUCGUCGUCUGGUUGAGGAUGGGAAUGGGAUAAUUGAUGUUGAUUGGUGUCGUUAAUUGAUGUUGAUUGGUGUUGCCCGGCUCGCAAUACCAAUCAACAAUGGGGUGCUGAGGGGGGCUGGUUAGGAUUUAGAGUGCGGGUGGUCAAUCCUUCCCUAGCGCGGGGAAGUAAUCAAUGCCCCUGCUUACAGAUCACACGCAAAUCAUAUCGCUGGUAUAGUUUUGAUUGACAACUGAUAAAGAUCAUACACUUCA